AUGGAGAUCCUCCCCCAGGAAGUCGUCGACCAGAUCGCAUCGAACUUGCACCGACCCGAUCUCAAGAACCUACUACUUCUAUCGCCUAAGCUUCGCACCGCGGCGGAGAAGUAUUCUGACGGCUUCACAGACUGCACUCUGCGAGUGCGUGAUCUCUGUGAAUUUGAGGAAAAAUUUCGCGGUGCGCGCUUCUGCUGGUUGCGGAAGCUGGAGUAUAAGCUGGUUUUGCUGCCCCAACGGCUGCCAAACAGGAUACGAUCAACAGCAGACAACGCCGCAGAAGCGAAGCGCAACGCGGAGUAUCUUUCCAGUCAGAUCCAUCAGCUCUUUGAUUGCCUUCAGAACCUCGAAGAGCAUGAUGGCCCGCAAGGCACGAUUGAUCUUGCAAUCACUAGUCCUGAGACGCGUGAGACGGAGAUUAGGAUACCAGAAGCAUGGUUCAUACGGCUUCUUGACCCAAACAGGCUACCGACGCUCACAUCUAUCGGCUCUCUUUACCUGGGACCUAAUCCGACUCAACGGCAGUCGAAUUAUUUCAGCAGAUUCGAUCUCAGAGCCGCGCUGGAUCUCUCACUCAAACUCCCAGGCAUUACGAGCAUAGAUGCCGAGCUCUUCGACGAACACAACUGUGAUGCUGAAAUCGAUCUGGUCCGCUUCCAUGGGCGAGAGGAUUUUGCGAGGGCCGCUAGAAACAUGUCUCUUCAGACAAGGAAAGCCGAGUUGAAAUUCCAGAGCCGGAAGGCGCAUCAACUUCUCGAUCACGAUGCUGCGAUGCCGAAACUUAUCCUCUCAGGGUCGUCGGACUCCUUUAGCUCAAGUCUUAGACUUCUUUGCCAAAACCUCACCCAACUUCGACUUAGUGCCAUUAUUGACCAUUCCUUUUUCUGGCCCGAGGAUGAAAAUGAUUCAGUCUGGCCCAAUCUGGAGUCUCUAGAGGUCAAAUUCCACCCAGCAACCCCAUCCGGAUCCUGGUAUUUCAUAGGACCCCGUGGAGAAGGCAAGGAUGUGCAGGGAUACCCUGUUGAAGGUGUGGAAUAUGCCACCCAAGGCAAUUCCGCUGACAGCGAUACCAUCAUACUCGGCCACGCUCCUUGCAGACCAUCAGGAUGGCGCCUUAAUCCCAAUCCAGACACACUGUACCCGCUGCUCGCUGCGUUCGCCAAGUCAGCGGCCAAGAUGCCUCGCUUGAAGGAAGCAAUGAUAUGGUCACCAAUCUGGUGGUACCUGGGAGAUCACGUCUCAUCCAAGUUCUCAUAUAACAAAGGAUUCGACAUGAUGAAUAGCCAGAAAUCACUCGGUUGGGGAAUUGGGUACACGGCACCAGAUGUUGACGAGGACUCAGGCUCUGUGGGGUCAGAUGAUGAGGACGUUCGGCUCUUUGAGUGGAGAACCGGCAAUUGGGAGGCGGAUGAGACGUUAAAACAGCUGUUCCACAACAUUGGUCGCGAGAGAUACGGUGAUGAGUUUGAAGACGAUUGGGAUCCAGACGCAAAUCAGGAAGACCUGUUCUUUGAGGGUUUCUGCCAAGGCGAAAGAAAGGUGUGA